AUGACGAAGAUUGCCCGGAAAGAUAAGCAAGACAUGCUAGUUGCACGACAAGCACAGGCGGAAGAGUUGAGACUAAGAAGAAGGUCGGAAUAUUUGCAAAUGUUGGCAACAACACAAGCUGAAAUUGAUGAGAAGAGGAAAGCAAGUAGGGAUGGCAGUGCAGUUAGAGGAAAGGUAUAUUCGUGGUGGGAGAAGAGUCCCCAAGAAAGAGCGAGCAUCACCAAAAGGCAAAUGGAGACAAGAAAGGAAAGAUUCGUAAAAACGGAAGAAGAGGAGCGACAACGCCCGACCGACAUGCAGAAAGCAUGGUACGGAGGUCGAACAGAAGAAGAAAAAGCUGUUACCCGAAAACGUAAGGCUGACAGUGUAGCUUUGAAAACGGAAGACGAGCGGAGAGAGUCUGUUAAGAAAAUGGUUGAGUCUAAGGCAACAGAAUCAGAUGCGGAUAAGGUGGAACAACAUCUUCGGACAAAGGCAACUUGGGCUUCGAAGUCAAAAGAGGAUUUGGAAGCCAAGACAAAGAAGACUUCUGAAACUUUGAAGAAAAUGAGCCCAGAAGACAGAAAAGCUUCGUUAGCGUUGACUGAAGUCAAGAAGGAAGCAACUGCGGCAGGGAGACAGUGGAGGAAGACUUUGGGCUUACCAGUGGUGACGCAAUCAGAGAUUAGGAGCCGAUCGUGGGAGAAGAAUUUGCUAUAA